CCAAACCAGAAGAAAGAAUAAGGAAAGGAAAUAGGAAGCAGGAGGACCCAACAAAAAACAAAAAAAAAAAACUAAAAGGAAACUUGGGGCAUUUUCAACUUGCCCGUCUCUGCCCAGUUGCCACCUUCCUUCCCUCCAAGUUGCAUCCAACUAAACCCGAAGAAGAAGAAAAAAGUGAGAGUGACCAAUAAAACCCUAAACAAAAUACACACACAAUCUCCAUCUCCCGCGGGAGCUCUAUCCCGUCCGAUCUUGAACCCGGCGAACGGACCAAGCUGGGAACCAUGCGACAAACGCUGCUGAUCUUCCCGGAGUGGUUUCUGCUAGCGUAACGAAUUGGGUUCUCUUCGAAAUAUGGGAAUCGAUCGAGCACUGCUUCUGGGUCUUGUUCUUGCCUUGCUCGUCUUCGUUGACUUCUCAUGGGCUGGUUCAGAGGUGGAUGUUAAAGGAAAUCCGGUUCCGAACUUGAAAAGCGCCAAUAACUCAAACGAGAAACCAAUUGAGUCAAAAUUAGGUUCAGAUCCUGUUACUGAUGAUAAGCAGAAGGAAAAGAAAACGGAGGAGGGGAAAGUAGGUGCAGUGGAUCAAGUGAGCAAGCCAAAGGAUGCUGCUGUUAGCAAUGAUGGGCAGCGGAAUGAUUCGAAAACUGGGAAUAAAGAGGCUGAUAAUGGAAAGAAGGGGAAUGCUGAUUUAGAUGUGCAAUUGCAAUCAAAAACUGUUGAUGGUAAUCAAAAGGAGGGUAAGGAUGGUGAGAAAGAACCUAAGCUGGAUGUGGACACAAAGGAUGGAAAGAAUGGCGUCCCAGCGGAUCCUUUGCCGAAAACUGGGAAGGAGAUUUCCCGUGGCGAAGAAUGUGAUCAUUCCAACAAGUGCGUGAUUGAGGACAGCAAGCUGGUUGCUUGCAUAAGAGUCCCCGGGAAUGAAUCUCCGGAUCUAUCACUUCUAAUUCAGAACAAUGGCAACGUUCCAGUCAGUGUCACCAUUUUGAGUCCAGAUUUUGUUCAUCUGGAGACGAAAAACAUUCAACUACAGCAAAAAGAAAACAAAAAGGUGAAAGUAUCCAUCGCAGACAGGGGGAGCGACAGCUCCAUCGUUCUGAAGACAGCAACUGGCAGCUGCAGCCUCGACAUAAGAGAUGUCAUCGAUCAUUACCUAGGCGAAGAUUCAGACAACUCUCUGGGGGGCUCCACUCAAGCGAUCUCCAGGUCAAGGACCCAUCUGCUGUACCUUCUUGCAUGCUUUGUUGUGGUACCAGUGCUGGUGGGAUCAGGCUGGCUGUGCUUCAUCCUCUGGAGGAAGAAAUUCUCCAAUGGCACCGGCGGAAGCUCCAAGUACCAGAGGCUGGAGAUGGCUCUCCCCGUCUCAGGUGGCGUCGGGAAAACAGCACAGCCAGAAGCUAACGAGGAUGGAUGGGACAACAGCUGGGGCGAUGAUUGGGGUGAUGACGAAGAGAUGCCUAAAACUCCAUCGAUGCCUCUCACCCCAAGCGUCUCGGGGAAAGGUCUUGCCUCUCGACGGUUAAACAAAGAUGGAUGGAAAGACUAGUUGGAUUAACAGAAGAUUCUGCAACAGAGGGAAAUCUUGAUAGACCAAACCUGGAGGGUUAGGAAGAUCUUGCAUCCAAAUUUUUGUUUCAGUUAUGAGACUCGAAACAUAUCCCACGAGUCCACGACCACGACCACGAGCUGCUGUGUUUUCCUCUUUCUUAUUCUGUCAUUUUUUGGGGUUGCAGGAAAGGUCUUCGUAUGAUUAUGAGCCUAAUCAGAAGGUAGCUUACUGAUUUUAUCAAAAGAUUAGAGUGCACUUCUACUGUUAAGAGUUGAGCGUAGUAACAAGGAGAACAAUAUCCUAGUGGAGAUUUGUUGUUCUUUGUUUUAUGAAGAAAAAUCCUGGCCGAGCCUAGGGCCUAGUUUUUGCAAAA